UAAUCAGAAGCAAUCUCACCUUUGAAUCAUCUAUUUUCAAAUAUUCUACCAAAAGGAAGCUUCUUGUACUUUUCAUUUUGCCAAGUUUCCGUCUAAAUCUCCGGCGGCCUACGUUUCCACCGAUCCUCCGACUUCUUUAAAGUUUCAUCUUCUUACAAAGGAACGACGAAGCUCUGUUCAUCGUUUGAGUAGCGUGAUCCGGUCUACAAAGAAAUCAGUCUGCGGGAGAAAGAGGAAGACGAAGAUGAAGAGAGUUAGAGAAGAUGUUCACACUGAACCUAAUAAGCGAAGGCCUGAAGUUUCGUCUCGAGGAGAAACAAACAAGCAACCUCGAACCGUCGACGCCCUAACUUAUCUCAAAGCUGUUAAGGACAUUUUUCAAGACAAUAAAGAGAAAUAUGAGUCAUUCCUUGAGCUCAUGAAGGAGUUUAAAGCUCAGAGAAUCGACACUGAUGGUGUCAUUGAAAGAAUUAAAGUAUUGUUCAAGGGUUAUAAGGACCUACUUUUAGGUUUUAAUACUUUCUUGCCCAAAGGCUAUAGAAUAACCCUUCUGCCGGAGGAAGAGAAGCCAAAGGUCCGGGUGGAUUUCAAAGACGCUAUCGGUUUCGUCACCAAGAUUAAGACGAGGUUUGGAGAUGAUGAACAUGCGUAUAAAAGGUUUCUAGACAUCUUGAACAUGUAUAGAAAGGAAAGAAAGUCCAUCUCUGAGGUCUACGAAGAGGUUACUAUGUUAUUCAAGGGUCAUGAAGAUCUGCUCAUGGAGUUUGUUAAUUUCUUACCUAACUGUCCAGAAGUAGCUCCCUCGGCAAAUAAUGCAGUGCCGCGUCACAAGGGCACUGCAAUCACUGCCAUGCAUUCUGAUAAGAAAAGAAAACAACGACGUAAGCUUGAGGAUUAUUCUGGACACUCUGAUCAACGAGAAGAUGGUGAUGAGAAUCUUGUCGCUUGCUCCGCUGACUCCCCUGUUGGAGAAGGUCAGCCAGGAUACUUUCGAGAUUAUGAAAAUAGAGAAGAUACUGAAACAGAUACAGCAGAUAGAACUGAAAAAAGUGCAGCAUCUGGCAGUCAAGAUAUGGGAAAUCACAAAUCGACUACCAAGUAUGUGGGAACACCUAUAAAUGAGCUUGAUCUUUCUGAGUGCACUCAGUGUACCCCAAGUUAUCGACUCCUGCCAAAGGAUUAUGCAGUUGAGAUCCCAAGCUACAGAAAUACACUUGGUAAAAAGACACUCAAUGACCACCUGGUAUCUGUCACCUCAGGGAGUGAAGAUUACUCAUUCAGUCAUAUGCGCAAAAACCAGUAUGAAGAAAGCUUGUUUCGGUGUGAGGAUGACAGGUAUGAAAUGGACAUGUUACUAGGAUCUGUAAGUUCAGCCAUUAAACACGUGGAAAUUCUUCUCGAGAAGAUGAACAACAAUACUAUCUCAGUAGACUCUACUAUAUGUAUCGAAAAACACUUAUCAGCUAUAAACUUGAGAUGCAUUGAGCGGUUAUACGGUGAUAAUGGGCUUGAUGUCAUGGAUCUUUUGAAGAAGAAUAUGCAUAGCGCUUUACCGGUGAUACUAACGCGCUUGAAGCAGAAGCAAGAAGAAUGGGCAAGGUGCCACUCUGAUUUCCAGAAAGUUUGGGCUGAAGUAUAUGCUAAGAAUCACCAUAAGUCACUAGAUCAUCGUAGUUUCUAUUUCAAGCAGCAGGACUCUAAGAACUUGAGCACAAAAUGUUUAGUGGCAGAAGUAAAAGAUAUCAGUGAGAAAAAGCAUCAAGAAGAUCUCCUUCAAGCUAUAUCUGUUAGAGUUAUGCCCUCAUUUACUCCGGAUUUGGAGUUCAACUAUUGUGAUAUACAAAUUCACGAGGAUCUCUAUCUGCUAAUCAAGUAUUACUGUGAAGAAAUAUGUGCCACUGAACAAUCAGAUAAGGUGAUGAAGCUGUGGAUAACCUUUUUAGAGCCCAUGUUUGGCAUUCUUUCGAGGUCUCAAGGUAACCAUGCUCUGGAAGAUGUGUCAAAGUUGAAAAACAACCAAGAAUUGCAAGAUGCAUUCGUGGCAGCGAAGGAUACAGCUUCUGGGUCAAACCUUAAACAUCCAAUAUCCCCGAAACUACUGAACAAAGAUAAUUUAACAAUGCAAGGAAGUUCUCCUCGGAAAGAUGUCUCAGCGAAUAUAAUGAAAACUGCUCAGCCCGAUAAGCUGCAGGAUGAUGCAGCUAUGACUAAUGAGGUUAUCCAGUCUUCCAAACUUGUGUCACCCAGAAAUGAUCAGAUAAUGGAGGAUGAAGGGAAUCAUAUGGUUAACGAAGCAUCGGUGGAAAAGCAUGAGGUUGAGCGAGAAGAGGGUGAAUUAUCUCCCACCCCCAGUCGUGAGCAAGGCAACUUUGAGGUUAAUGGACAGAAUGGCUUCAAGCCUUUACAAAAGAUGACGGACAAUGUAAGAAGCAAUAAAGACCAGCAAAGUUGUGAUAUAAAGGGAGCAUAUCAUACUGAAAUCGGAGCAAAGAACGAUACUCGCGCUGAAGAUGACAAACAAGAAAAUUGUCACAAGUUAUCAGAGGAUAAUGAGACUGCCUCUGAAAUGCUUGUUUCAGGAACCAAGUUUAGUUGUCAUGAAGAGCACAACAGAGUUACGAACUGUAAUGGGCGUGGUAGUGUUGCUGGAGAGAUGGCUAUUGGAAAUGAAGGUGAAGAUGGAUCCUUUGCAUUUUCAGAACGGUUUCUGCAAACUGUAAAACCUGUUGCCAAGCAUCUGUCUUGGCCAUUGCAAGCUAGUGAAACGUGCUCCCAAAAUGAUUCUCAAGUUUUUUACGGGAAUGAUUCCUAUUAUGUGCUAUUUAGGCUUCAUCAAAUGUUGUACGAGAGAAUACAAACAGCAAAGAAACAUUCAGAAAAGAAGUGGAAGGCUCCAGAUAACACAACUCCUGAUUCUUAUCCCAGGUUCAUGGAUGCACUCUAUAAUUUACUUGACGGUUCUAUUGACAAUACAAAGUUUGAAGAUGAGUGCCGAGCUAUUUUUGGAGCACAGUCAUAUGUUCUUUUCACAUUGGACAAGCUAGUUCAGAAGUUUGUUAAGCAUCUCCAUGCGGUUGCAUCUGAUGAAACAGACACCAAGCUUCUGCAACUACAUGCGUAUGAGAACUACAGAAAACCGGGAAAAUUCUUUGAUCUUGUGUAUCAUGAGAAUGCAUGUGCCCUCCUCCAUGAGGCAAACAUAUACCGGAUCAGAUAUUCAUCAGCAGAAACACGUCUCUCGAUUCAGCUUAUGAACAGCGGGAACAAUCAGCCUGAAGUAAUGGGUGUAGCGAUGGAGCCGGGUUUUGCAGAUUAUCUACAAAAUAAAUUUCUGAAAUCCGUCAAUGAUGAAGAGAAUCACGGACUGUUUCUGAAAAGGAACAAGAAGAAAUUCACCAGCUUAGAUGAAUCUUGGGGGAUGCCCGUUGCGAUGGAAGGAUUGCAUAUUAUCAACGAGAUGGAAUGUAAUAUGGCUUGCAGUUCUUCAAAGGUGAAGUAUGUAGCAAAUACAUCAGAUGUUUUGUAUAGGAGCAAACAGGGGAAACCGAAUUUAAAGGAACCGAGGCUUAAAAGAGUCGGUGAAAUCUUGAAACAGAGAAGGAUAUCGCGGUUUCACAUAAUGCUGAAUUGCAGACUUUGUGCCUUGCCUCCUCUAUAAACUGGUGUUAGUGUCGAGGUUCUUAAAGGUAAAGGCUCGUUGGCUCUUAGAGAUUAUGCAAAGCUUUUGGUGGUCGAGAAGUUUACUCGUCUUUAACGUGACAUGGACUGGGAUCAUAUGGCUCAUGGUUCACUACGCGGCUACUCCACAUUUUUUGUUUGUUUUUCUUUUUUGCGUUUUGCGUUCGGAGUCUUCGGUUUUGGUGUAUAGUUGUAGACUUGUAGUAGAAUAUAUGAUACGAAAGUUG